GAGUCAUUAUCAAGAUACCAACGUGGAGGAUACUAUCUAGUCAACCUCGGAGAUACAUUUAAAGAUGACCGUUACAAGAUAUAUCACAAGUUAGGAUGGGGUGGCUUUUCCACGGUAUGGCUUACGAAAGACAGAGACCGAAAUCAAUGGGUCUCCUUGAAAAUCAUUACCGCAGAUUCGUCGCUACCAGAGCUGGAACAUUUGGUAAAUCUAAUGGCAAAAUUUCGAGGCGAGCUUUCUUCGAACUACAUUGUUCAGCUACUUGAUUCCUUCGUCCACGAAGGCCCCAAUGGGUUAUACCAAUGUCUUGUAUUUAACUUAAUUGGUCCUAUGGGUGCUUCCUCCUCUACAGUUAUUUUCUAUGGAGCAGCUUUCGAUAUUCUUAGAUCCCCAAAAGUUGAGCCGCUGAAACGGAUUGAUAGUAUACCUCUAGGCAAUAAAUUGCGGGCCCAAAUAGUAGAUAAGGAUUAUAAAGACAUUCGGAUCCUCGAUUUCGGAGAGAGUUUCUAUCAAGGAUAUGAACCUCCAAAGCUGGCCCAGCUGUGUUCAUUAAGGGUACCAGAGACGAUUCUUACCGACUGCUUUGACUAUCACGUCGAUUUAUGGCAUACGGGUUACAUGGAAUCGAUUAGGAAGAUACCUAACGAUAAUGAGCCGAAAGAAGAAGUACUGCUAAUUUUGCUCGAAGAUUACGGAACCUCGAAGCUUGAACAGAUGUUUGCUAGUUUAGCACCUGAUCUAACACUCAAACCUCUACUUCGUGUGAUGCAAGGAUUGAUGCGAUUCUUACCGUCUACUCGUCUUACUGCAGAAGAGGCACUUGAUUUGCUAGGUGACGCCCAAGAUUAA